CUGUUGUUCUGGGAGUUAGACUGACUAACACUCCUCUUCUCUUCACUGAUCAUCAGAACACUGCAGUAAUGCCAAUGUGUGGAGGCUGGAGCGACAUUAAACUGUUCGAUCCAGAGGUGAAAAAGAUUUGCUUAGAGGUGAGGCCAAUGAUAGAGAAGAUGGUUGGAACUGAUUUUAAGAUUUUCAUUCCUCUGGUCUGGUCUUCUCAGGUUGUGGCAGGAACAAAUUACAUGUUCAAGGUGCUGGUUGAUGUAGAUGGGGAUGGAGUGUGUGUUCACGCGUUGAUAUUUCAGCCUCUUCUCUGUUCUGAAAAGGAACUGAGUGUGAUGAAAAUCCAGUGCCACAAAUCCAUUGAUGACCCACUGAUUCCUCCUGAACACUUACAGAAAUAGUCUUGAUUUAAUAACAGACACAUGCAAUGAGCUGCCAUACUGUAUAGAGGAACAACUGAAACCAUUUCAUUCCUCAAUAUUAAACUCCAUAAUCAAAUCAAA